GUCAUCCAUCUCUCCUCACUUCUCUUCCCUCCGACACUCCCUUCACCGUAGAAGACAAGCCGACUCACACCUCCUCUCCAACCACUGCAUCAUCAUGACCGCUGUCUACAGUCAGAGAUCAUCCAUGUCCGGCGGUGGCUACGGCGGCGGCAUGGGGGGCAGAGGCAUGAGCUCCUACAGCAUGUCAGGAGGAUCAGGAGGCGGUCAGAUUAGUGUAUCCCGGUCCAGCAGGAGCUACUCUGCCGGCGGUGGCGGUGGCGGUGGCGGUGGCGGCGGCGGCUACGGUGGUGGAUUGCAGUUCGGCGCAGGUAGUGGUAGGGGUUUCGGCGCAGGUGGUGGUGGCGGCGCAGGAUUUGGUGGCGGCGCAGGCUUCGGUGGCGGCGCAGGCUUCGGUGGCGGCGGUGGCGCGGCAGACGACAGCAUCAUCGGCAACGAGAAGUUCACCAUGCAGAACCUGAACGACCGCCUGGCCACCUACCUGGCCAAGGUGGCGGCGCUGGAGACGGCCAACGCCGACCUGGAGCUGAAGAUCCGGCAGUUUGUGGAGAACAAGGUCGGCCCCAGCUGCCGGGACUACAGCCCCUACUUCGUCACCAUCGCAGAGCUGCAGGCCAAGAUCCAGGAAGCCAUCUUGUUGAAAGGAACCGUCAUGUUGAGCAUCGAUAACGCCAAGCUGGCUGUGGACGACUUCAGAGUCAAGUACGAGAACGAGCUGGGGAUGCGUCAGUCGGUGGAGGCGGACAUCGCCGGGCUGAAGAUGCUGAUGGGAGAGCUCGGCGUCGGCAAGACCGACCUGACCAUGCAGAUCGACAGUCUGACCGAGGAGCUGCUGACCAUGAAGAACAACCACGAGGAGGACCUCAUGGCCAUGCGGACCCAGAUGAGCGGUCAGGUGAACGUGGAGGUGGACGCCGCUCCUCAGGCCGACCUCAACCAUGUCCUGGAUGAACUGAGAGAACACUACGAGUCCAUCAGCGCCAAGACCCAGAGAGACCUGGAGAACUGGUUCCAGACCCAGUCGGAGAUGCUCGGUAAGGAGGUGGCGACCGCUGAGGUGACCAUGAAGUCCACGACCUCGGAGGUGAAGACGGUGAAGAUGCAGCUUCAGGCUCUGGAGAUCGAACUCCAAUCACAGCUCAGCAUGAAAGGGUCUCUUGAAGCCCAGCUGAACGAGCUGCAGGGCCGCUACUCCAUGCAGCUCAACGGGUACCAGAUGCAGGUGACCGGUAUGGAGGAGCAGCUGGUCCAGCUGAGGGCCGACCUGGAGAGACAGGGACAGGAGUACAAGAUGCUGCUGGACAUCAAGACCAGGCUGGAGAUGGAGAUCGCCGAGUACCGGAGGCUGAUGGACGGAGAGGGAGCCGGCGGAUCUUCGUCCUCUUCCUCCACCACCACCACCACCACCAGCACCAUCACGAAGGUCAUCGAGGAGUCCGCCUGACCAAUCACACGUCUGACCUCGACCUUCUCCUCGCAGCAUCAGGAACACGAUGAAGAGCGUCUCUCCGAUCCGUCACCUCACGCUGGUUUUCUGCUGUGAUGAACCAGUCAGUCAACAGAGUGUGAUGAUGUCAUCGUUUGUGUUUCUGACAAUAAAGCUUCAGUUUGCUUCACAAAAUAAAA